CUCGCUUGUCAGAAAGAAGACAAAUCGAGGAACAGACGGUACUCCUCGUAAUAAUCUUAUCACGCCUCUGCCUUUCGCUCACUUCUCAUGGAAUUCGCUACUUAAUUGUAUUAAAUGCGAUUGAAUUCGUUUGAUUCAUUGUGAACGACUCUUCUUCUUCUUCUUUCCGCAGUUCUGAGGAUGAAUGAUUGCAUUAACUGUGAAAUCCCGUAAGAAGUGCGAAUUGGAUGUGUUCGUCGAUUCCUUCUUCCUUAUUUAAUGUAAGAGAUUUUAUCAAUAUUUGCUGUUUUCCGGAUCUCUGGCAAAUUUUCAAGGAUAAAAUCGAUAGGAUCUGAUCUUAUCCGUUCUGAGUAUGCAAGCUCGGAAGUAAAAUCUAGAGAAAAAAAGAUAGCGAAAGAGAGUUAUUCGCAGUAUACUUUGACUGAGGUGGCGUGAGCUUGCGGACUUGGCUUUCUUGAUUGUAGAAAUUUCUUUUGAAGACAAAUGGUUGAAGGCUGAGGGGUGUGAGGGUUUCCUCUCUCCAAUCUUCAAGUAAAUUUUGCUUCACGGAGAACGGAUGAUCUAGGGCUGGAGAUGGUUGUUCGGGUUUGGUGCCACGGGAUUCUCUUACUCUGGUUUUCUCUUAGCUCCAUUGGAUUCGCCGAGCCUGUUGAAGAUAAGCAAGCGCUGCUCGAUUUCCAAUCCAAGAUCGCGCAUGGCUUCGCACUGAAUUGGAGGGAGGAUACCUCUGUGUGCGAGAACUGGAAGGGAGUAAUAUGUGAUGCUGAGCAUUCGCGUGUCAUCGAGCUUCGGCUACCCGGGAUCGGAUUCAAUGGAGAGGUCCCUCCCAAUACCCUCAGCCGACUCUCAGCUCUCCACAUCCUAAGUCUCCGAUCCAACGGCCUCACCGGCCCCUUUCCCUCCUCUUUCUCUAAUCUCAGUGCCCUAACGGAGAUUCACCUUCAGCUGAAUAACUUCUCUGGCCUCCUGCCUUCGGAUUUCCUUUCGUGGAAGAAUCUGACAGUGCUGGAUCUUUCCUAUAAUAGCUUCAAUGGGACAAUCCCUCCUUCCAUCUCCAAUCUCACUCAUCUCGUUGCAUUAAACCUCUCCAACAACUCCCUUUCUGGUCAUAUUCCAGAUCUCCAGCUCCCAAGGCUUCUAUUUUUCAAUAUCUCUAACAAUCAUAUCAAUGGCAGCAUACCCGCGUCCCUUCAGAGGUUUCCGGAUUCGUCAUUUUUUGGGAAUGAAAUAUCCUUUGCUGCUCCAGCUUCAUCUUCCCCCGUCCCGGCGCAACUCACUCCUGAUGCUUCAAGAAGAAAGAUUAGCGAAUCAGCGCUUCUUGGAAUCAUAAUUGGUGGUUCUUCUGCAGUGUUUUUGGUUUUCGCCGUCGUUCUUGUGAUUUGCUAUUCCCGAAAGAGAGAUGGGAAUACUGUAAUCAUAGGGAAGGAAUCUAAGGGCGAUGCAUCACCGGAGAAGACAGAUGCUAGGAAUUCCGAUGAGAGCAAACAGCUCGUGUUCUUUGAUGGUUCUUCCUCUGCAUUUGAUUUGGAGGAUUUGUUGAAGGCUUCAGCUGAGGUGCUUGGAAAGGGGAAUUAUGGGACGGCUUAUAAGGCCGUGUUGGAGGAUGCCUCAAUUGUGGUGGUGAAGAGGCUGAAGGAUGUUGCAGUUACAAAGAGGGAGCUUGAGCAGCUAAUGGAGGUCGUUGGGAGGAUCCGUCAUGAGAAUGUUGUGGAGAUGAAGGCUUAUUACUACUCGAAGGAUGAAAAGCUUGUUGUCUAUGAUUACUACAGCCAGGGAAGUGUUUACUCUAUGCUACAUGGAAGGCGAGGCGAAGGCUGGAUGCCACUAGAUUGGGAAAGCAGGCUUCUGAUAGCCCUUGGAGCUGCAAGAGGAAUAGCCUACAUCCAUCUCCAACAUGACGCCAAGCUCGUCCACGGAAACAUAAAAUCAUCCAACAUCUUCCUCAACAGCCGCCACUACGGCUGCAUCUCCGACCUCGGCCUGGCAGCCCUCGUAAGCCCCACAAUCCCCCACUCGUCUCGCAUCGCCGGAUACCGCGCUCCUGAAAUCCUCGAUCCCCGAAAAUCCUCACAAGCCUCCGACGUCUACAGCUUCGGAGUCCUCAUCCUCGAGCUCCUCACCGGCAAACCUCCCAUCCAGAUGACCGCAAGCGGCGGAGAAAUCCUUCACUUGGUUCGAUGGGUUCAAUCCGUCGUUCGGGAGGAGUGGACGGCUGAGGUUUUCGAUGCGCGGCUGAUGAGAUAUCCUAACAUCGAGGAAGAGUUGGUCGAGAUGCUCCAGAUUGCGAUGGCCUGUGUUGGAAAGAUGCCGGAGCAGCGGCCGAAGAUGGCGGAGGUUGUGCGAAUGAUUGAGUAUAUAAGGAGGUUUGAUAGCAGCAGUCGGCCGUCGGUGGAGUUGAGGUCGGAUGAAUCCAAGAGCUUGACGCCGACAGUGCUGCGAAAUACUCCAGAGUUGGAAUCCCCUCUGCAGUGAGACUAAUUAUUGUGUGUAGUAUGUUAUUUGUUUUAGAAUUGGAAAGAGGCGGAAGAUUUGGGCAGUGAGGUUCAUGGUUUUUCCUGGCUCUGUAAGAUCUGACUACUGAAUAAGUUCAGAUUUGAAGUCAUUGAUCUCAUACAGGAUUCUGCACUUGUCCUCCCUCAUGAUGUUUAGAACUAGUUAUAUGCUUAUAAUUUAUUUGGAUAAAAAUAAGCUAGAGAGUUUAAAUAGAGUUGGCCUUUAUUAUAUUUGACUUGACGAGAGCUUGAACUGAAUUUUUUUG